AUGCUCAAGAUUAUUAACGGAGAGCACAGAGGGAUGGAUGUCUUCAGGGCUGCACCAUGUUGCCUCUUCCAGCGGCAACUGAUUUACCUGGAAAGGCCACUGCCCUCAGCUUAUCUGCAGAACUUGGCUGGAUCUCAAAAGUGCAUGUGAAUCGACCUGCAGUUGUGAGGCAUGCAGAACGAAUUAAAAAAUGGAGAACUGUGAAAGGUAAUUGGCAAGCUGCUUGGCUGCUGAAAGCUGUCACCUGCAUAGACCUUACCACUCUUUCAGGCGAUGAUACUCCUUCAAAUGUUCACAGACUGUGUUUUAAAGCAAAGCAUCCCAUCAGAGAGGACCUGCUGAAAGCCUUGGAUAUGCAUGAUAAAGGUAUUACUGUCGGAGCAGUUUGUGUAUAUCCCGCAAGAGUCACCGAUGCUGUUAAUGCCCUAAAGGCUGCUGGCUGUAACAUACCAGUAGCUUCAGUGGCUGCUGGGUUUCCAUCUGGACAAACUUCUCUAGAAACCAAACUGGCUGAAAUAAAGCUAGCUGUGGAAUAUGGUGCCAGAGAGAUUGACAUUGUCAUUAGCAGGAGUCUGGUGUUGACUGGCCAGUGGGAAGGUCUCUAUGAGGAGAUCCGUCAGUGUCGUGAGGCCUGUGGAGAAGCUCAUAUGAAAACAAUCUUGGCAACAGGUGAACUGGGGUCCCUUGCUAAUGUCUACAAAGCCAGUAUGAUAGCUAUGAUGGCAGGUUCUGAUUUUAUAAAGACGUCUACAGGAAAGGAGGUGGAAAAUGCGACCUUUCCAGUCGGAGUAGUCAUGAUGCGAGCCAUUAGAGAAUUCUACUGGCAAACUGGCAACAAGGUUGGAUUUAAACCUGCUGGGGGCAUUCGGACGGCAAAAGAAGCUAUUACUUGGCUUAUGCUGGUGAAGGAGGAACUGGGAGUGGAAUGGCUAACACCAGAGCUCUUUCGCCUGGGUGCCAGUAGUUUGCUGGAAGACAUUGAGAAACAGAUUUUCUAUCAUGUGACUGGCUCUUACGCACUUCAGCAUGACCUGGCAAUGGCUUAGACACAAAAUCAACUCAGGAUUACUUUUACAAAAGAGGUCUUUAAGCAAACAGCAUUCAGAAGUCUUCUGACAACCAAGUGCAUAAGAUAGAAUUAAAGGCCUAAUUCUCCCUUCUUCAUAUUUUAUAGUAUUUAAAAAUAUGCUCAAGUCUGCUGGUUGUACUUGAUCCAAAAGCAGAAAAAAUGGUAAUUCUGAAAUAGUUAAAUAGUUAAUACUUACAGAUUUGCAAAGUCUUCCUCAGACCAGCCUGAAAAGCUUAUUAAUGGCAACACUGAAAUACUAUGAAAAAGAUUUAGGUGGCCUGGUAACACUUUGCAGUCGCAGAAUAUGAAAUAUCUAUGGACUGUUUCAGAUUGCUAAUUAAGAGCUACAGAUCUUGGAAUAGCUUUCCAUUCACCUCAGACAAAAUGUUCUGCCACAGAUGUGUUGCGCUAUUAAUUGUUAUGUUGAUUCAGUUUCAAGCAUUGUAACCUGAGAAAAUGAAACUUGACUAUUGCUUUCUUUUAUAAAAUGUCUCUGUAGCAAAAAAACCCUUUUUUUUUUUAUUUUUCCCCCAAACUUGGGCACAGACAUCCAUAUUUAGACCCUUGAAUAAAGGUGGCUUGAUUUCUAGAACAGCUGAGUAUCCACAGUUGCUCCUGAAGUUAAUGGGAGCUCUGGGUGAUCAGAACAACUGAAAAUCAAGCAGCCUCUAUAUAGGUGCCUAACUAUGCAUUCAGGGGCCUAUUUUUAGGCAUUUCACUCUUAAAAUUUUAGUCUAACUUGCUUAGAAUCUCCCAUUCCUGUCUCCUGUCAUUUUAAAACGCAUUCAUGCAAAUCUUUCCAUUUUAAUGUAGGGGGCUUUGACUGUCAGUUUGCAGGUGUCACUGCUAUGCUGGCUGAACUUCAACUUUGCCAUUCUAAAAGCAAUUCUUUAAUUUAAAAGGUGAUUUGAAUUGUGUCCUAUAUGGGGUUUACAGCUUUAAUGUAAAAAGUACUUUUCUCAGAGCACAUUAAGAAUAAUACCGAAAUCAUCAACACCUUUUGAAUAUCAGACUGGAGCUAGUAGAUUCAUUAUUUCAGAACUGCAUUCUGCUCACUAACCAGAGUUGUACUAAAAACUUAAUUAUCUUAUCAUCAUGACUAGUCUCGCUGACUUAAGUAGGUCUCAUUAGGGAAGUAAGAGGAGGAGGAUUUUGCUGUAAAUCAAGCUACAAGGUACAUUUAUUACAAAGAGAUCUGUGCCUCAUAAAGAUAAUAACUCAGUUAUUUAUCUGGUUAUACCACCUGAAUCACUAGUGCUCUGCAAACCACCUUGGACGGAUAGGAAAGCUGAACAGGGGAAAAAACAAUAAUCAGAAAAACAACAUAUCCAGAAAGUAAAAUCCUAUAUGCAGUGCUCGGUACUAAAAAUAGGCCUUAAUUUCCCAGGAAGUAGUUCAUCCAAGGCUCUCAGCCUUUUUCUGGUUUAGGUCUCAACACAGAAGAUGAGGCUGAGCUGUGACUGUAUUUUCGCACAUUUGUUUUCCUGGAAAGUGGCCUUUUUUGCCAUGGGUUUUCCUUCCGAUUUCACUGCCAGUUUCUUGAGGGAGAAAUCCAGUGCCUGUUUGUGUAUUUAGAGGAAAAUUCUGCUGCUGAGCUUUCCGAAAUACAGACCCUGUUAUAUGAAGUCAGCUCCCACCAGGUGCUUGCCAGGUUGACCCUCUGCCACGCCCUCCCAGCAACCACACACUGGAUUUUGCUGCUGUUUAGCUUUAGCCGUAUAAAUGUUAGAGUGUAUUUCAAUACUUUUGUCACAGAAAGAUUCACCUCACUUGCAAAGUACACUUUUUUGUUGUUGGUUGUCGUUUGGACAUUUAGGGCGAAGAUAGAAGCUAUUUUUUGGAGAUGCUUCACCUUUUUCUAGGUGAAAGACUCUGUGUAGUUCCUUAAAAUCAAUGAAGGUCCAACUUUGCCACCUAACUAUUUAACGCGAGUACCUCUGAGAACAACCUCACUGUUUCCACGGGAGCUACGUGUCGAUUAAUGAGCUUGCCAGGAGGGAUUGUUUAUAUUUCUGUUGAUGGCCCCCCUUCGUUUUGAUGUGCACAUGGGCUGCUGCUGGUUACUUUGCUUCAGAGGGAACAGGCUCCAUUUAGCGGAGGGAGAGGUUCGGCUUCCUGAAAAGUCAAAGAUAGCCGCUUCCCUUUUCCAUGAACAUUACAAACACACCGAUGUGAAAUACUGUGCAACUCCAAGCCAACUGGUGUUUUGGGAGAAGCUGGUUUGGAAAGUAAUUUAAACAUUUUUUUCUGUUGAAACCUGUAAUUUUUUGGGGGAAAAAAAAGAAAAAAUGUAAAAAUAACAGA